AUGAGCAAGCGCAUCUCAUCUGUAGAACAGUACGAGGCGCUGCUAGACAGCUAUGAUACUUGGUUGUUCGACUGCGAUGGCGUCCUCUGGCGCGGCGAUCAUCUGAUUGACGGAGUUGUCGAGGUGCUGGACAUCCUGCGUCGUCGAAAUAAGAAGGUCGUGUUCGUCACGAACAACGCCACCAAGUCGAGGAAGAGCUACAAGACCAAAUUCGACCAGCUGGGUGUCGAGGCACAUGUGGACGAAAUCUACGGAUCUGCAUAUGCAGCAGCCGUCUACCUUUCUUCGGUCAUCCAGCUCCCCAAGACCAAGAAGGUCUUUGUUAUUGGGAUGGGGGGCUUGGAAGAAGAACUUCGUGACGAGGGCAUAACAUUCAUUGGCGGAACUAAUCCCGCAGAUAACACGCUAGAGCCUUUCACUCUCGCCGACUUCACCUUGGACCCCGACGUGACCGCCGUCGUAUGUGGUCUAGACACUCAGAUCAACUACACCAAGCUCUCUAAGGCCUUCCAAUAUCUAACUCGCAACCCCGACUGUCAUUUCAUAGCCACAAAUGAAGAUAGUACCUAUCCCAGUGCGCAUGGUCUGUUGCCAGGAGCUGGAUCUAUCAGUGCCCCACUCCGGUACGCGCUCGGGAGGAACCCUGUCUGCACAGGAAAACCGGCCAGCACCAUGCUGGAUUGUGUCAAGGCCAAAGUGCAAUUUGAUCCUGCAAGGACAAUCAUAAUCGGCGACAGGUUGAACACCGACAUUCUUUUCGGCCAGAAUGGCGGACUGACAACUCUCCUUGUGCUCACGGGAAUCACAACGGAGGAAGAGAUCACAGGACCUAACCCUUCUCCCAUCGUUCCUGACUAUGUUACGCAGGCAUUAGGAGAUUUCCGAGUCGUCGAGACGGCGACAUAG